AAUGCUGUACUUAUAUAAAUGGAGGAGUUGUGAAGAUUUGUCAAACGGAGCACGAGCAUCGAGUUCACUUACUGGAUACCUGCCACACCGUGAAUACCACUGGGACACCUGUACACUCCACGCGCUACAGAUAUUACUACAUAUUACGUCAUGAUGCUUCGCAUAAUCUUAGUAACCUGUAUGACGUCAUCAGUUCUCUCCAUCCCUCUCCACCAUCUCUUCAGGAGAAGUCUCGUGAAGCGAUACGGCAAUCAGGACUACGAAUACAUGGCAAACAUCAUGGCGAAUCUGAUGGUCAACAAUCAUGGGGGUGAUACUCUGACGGAGGACGAGACAGAGAACCAACUGCUAGAGCACGGCAUUAACGAUGACACGGCCAAACAAUUGGCUAACCGCUUCAUCAACUGCUGUGACAAUAAUUCCGACCAUCGACUAAACCGCCAAGAACUUCAACAAGCCAUGAUCGAAUUCAGCGUCAUGUUCUACCCUUGAUGAAGCUUGAGAAUGUUUGCCCGGAAUUUCUCAACAUUCCAUUCGACAAUUCCUUUGUCCUGCGCAUGCGCACAUACAAAGCUUGGAGCAUUUGUCCAUGUUUGUUCCCGUUGUACUCGACGUCGCCAUGCGUAACUAUGCAGCUUUGGUCAAUACAGAGAAUGGACACAUUGUUUUCCUUCCCGAAUUACUUCCCUUUGUGGAGGUCUUCGUCAACUCUGAAAGACAUUGUAUAGACCAACUACGUGAUAUUGUGACGUUUGCAUUACUAGCUUUGCUUGUAUUUCGACAAACCCAUUGAAUUGAACAUCUCCACAGUUUUUUCCGGAAUUUGUGAUGAUCGUCCGAUUCCGUUGACUAUUAUAUAGUCAGGCGGGUACAGUAUUGGGCUACCUAUAUCAAAAUAGAAUAUCAUUCGUACUUUUCCGUCAAUUUCCGUCAUAUUCCCGGAAAAGCAAAUGGUACUUCAUUCGAGGCAGGGUUCUGCUCUGCCAAAAAUUGAAAGUAUAGUAAUGUAGGGAUAAAUUUGGUUAUUGGUGUCAUUAUGUGAUUUUUUUUGUUGGUCAAAUAUCGGUCCAUCCAUCACGUACGUCACGGAAACUUCCGCCAUUUACCGAUAGUUUGACCCAACGAUACGGGUGAAUCGGGUUACUUUUUAUUUAUUUAUUUUCAUUUUUGUACAAAGACAGCAUUUGGUGCAUAACUGCUUGAUUGGAUCAGCGCUGACGAAUUUAACGAUUGAAUCAUAUGGAUUCCUGAUCGGCUUUCCUAGUCACGGGACCUCGGUACGAAUAUCCAAGCUAUUGUCCAUACUAAGUAUUUUAUAAGUAAAUUGCGGAUUGGGAAUUCGAACCAGGUCCCUGUUCUUGUAGUAGUCAUUUUGUUUCAUUACUUUAAAAUCAGAAUAUACAUUAUGUUUGCAUCACAACCUGAAGUUCAUGUCGGUAUGAAUGUCAUAAGAUAUCGCUUUAUAGAUAAACCGCAGUAUACUCAUUAUCAUCUAGAUAUCACUAUUUACGGUUACAAAUUCAAAUGUUCAAAUGAGAUUGGUAAAACAAGAACAUGCGAUAUGAUGGCGUUUUUGUUGAUAUCAUAUCGCUAUACUGUGCUGAAUUUCUCACGUACAAACGUUUGAAAUACGUUUGUAUCUCACUGGCUUUCCGUCUUUCAUACCAGACUAAGAUUCUGCAAUGUUACAGUUCCACGGCUGAUCUAAGUAGCAUUCAUAUAUCGACAAAUCCAGUUUUCCUCGAUAAGUAAUUAUCACAUCGUAGUACAUGAAGCAGCGCUAUGUAGGAAUGCUUUCAGGCAACGAAACUGAUGUUCGGUGAAUUCAUAAAUUUCUGUUUUCAGAGAGUUAGAUGUUAUAACUAGUUGUUGCUUAUUAUUUUUGUUUUUAAUUUGUAAUUAUUCUGUGGGUCAUGGUUACAUUUAUUUAUAAAGUGAAAAUAGCUCAAAAAUUGUGUUACGCUCAAUCGAUCCUCAUUGUCACGUGACUAUGUGACAAUUUGUUUUCAUUCAAAUGUAAAUGUGUUGGUGUUGAACUAAAUCGAUGUAAAUAAAAUGGAUUAUUUUGAAAUA